CCCUACCGAUAGGUGGUGGACUAUGUCAUCUGUAUCCGUCAUAUGACUGAUAGCUGUAUUGUCAGUUGUGAUGAUGGUGCUAAUGAUUUAUUAAUCAGUGUAUGGCCCACUUCAAGUUAACAGUGGAAGAGGGCUUCUUUUUGAAGAGGGAACUUGCGAUUUGCAGUAUCAACAAUACCAAUCACUGAGAAGAGUCAUCGCUGGCAAAAGGAAAAUUAUUCUCAAUUCAAAUAAAAGGAAAAAAGUAAGGAGGCAUCAACAUGCCUUCAUCUAAGAAGGACGGAGUACGAGAAACAGGCGGACAGGUUGACAAUCUGGUAUUUGCUCUGAUCGACUCAUUGUGUGAUAAAGAUGAGCUUGCUGAAGAGUUGAUACGUGAUUCACUGGUGGAACUUGGGAAGAAGAAAACAGAUCUAGUCAUAAGCUCAACGUAUUACUAUCUGAAGAAGAAUUCUAAGCUCCCCAUUGCUCACAGAGUGGCCAUUUUGAACUGUAUGGAGAGAAUCUUAAAAGAAUGUCUAGAAGUGUUGGACAUGAAGCUUGCCUCCAGUGUUAUAGACCAAGCAUUAAAAGAACUUACCACUUCCAAGGAAAUCGUUCCUGAAUGGCAGUCUGCAGCCAGUGGUGUUCUUGUAGCCUUAGGAGCCAGAUAUUGCAAUGAAGUGAUGGAAGUACUGGUACAGAAUUUCAAGCCUGGAGCUUUACCUCAUUUCUUUAUUGUACAGACUAUGGCUAAUCUCAGCACGGCCAAUGUGUUUGACAUGAUGCCUCACAUCAAUGCCAGUCUGGGUGCAAUUCUACCCAUGAUGGGUAUGGCUAAACAAGACAAUAUGAGAUGGGUUUUCUGUAAUGUUUUACAACACUUCAGUGAAGCAAUUCUAGAGUACAUUGCUAACAUUGAGAAAGCCCCUGAUCCUACAGUCUCCAAAGUGAUGUUUUCCAGAGAAAUAUCAGCUGCUUAUGACAUACUUUUCAAUGUUUGGCUGCAGUCUAAAGAAGCAAAGCUGCGACUAGCUGUGAUAGAAGCAAUCGGACCAAUGACCCAUAUCAUGAACCGGAACGACUUGGAAGAGCAGCUUCCAAAACUUAUUCAUGGAAUUCUUGGACUCUACAAGAAACAUCAAGUAUCUUUUCACAUCACCCAGGCCCUCUGUAUGGUGCUGGACGCUGGUUGUUCAGAAGGAAGCAUGAUUAUGGAACCAUAUCUAGAAAACCUCUACAAUGCUCUUUUCCCACAAAUUACAGCCCCACUGGAUUAUGAUAAUCCCAUGAGCAUAAAAAACUACAAUGAAGUUUUGAGAUGUUUCACAGUGAUAUCUCACUCAUUCUCAUCUAAACUUAUGGCAAUUUUACUCCAAAAACUCGAGAGCAAUAAUGAGAAAACUCGGAUUGGGAUAUUGUCCAUCCUGAAGCAUCUCAUUAACGCUGGGGGUUCCAGUAUGGAUGAAAUGCAAGAAUUAUUGCUGUCUGGUCUCAAAAUCUUGCUCUCUGAAUCAAACAACAAGGUGAAGAAAGUAUUGGCACAGGUGAUCAUUGCAAUGGCCCAUCAUCAGUACCUGGAGAAUGAAGGGGGACAUCUAAUGAUUGAGUUUAUUGUCAACCAGUGCUGUUUACCAAAUGAUAACCCUCACAUGAACAAACGACGAUCUGAUAUUGAUUAUGUGACUAACGAAAACCUGCGAAACAUGUGUGAGAACAUAUUACAUCUUAUUACCACAACAAUAGAGUGUAUGGAACCGGUGCUGUGGCCAUUCCUGCUUGAAUACAUCACAUCAGAACAACAUUUCCAUGGAAUUAAAGCAAUCUGUCGGAGCCUUGCUUUUCUGGCCAAAAAGAAGAUGGAGAACAAGGCCAGUGACUAUGUGAUUGAUUUUGAAACUGAAACCAAUAUGCCAAAACAGCAUGCCAUCAUUGCUCGACUUUUGGUCAUUGCUGGAGAUCCGCUUGCGAAUGGGUGUCGAGGAAUAUAUGUACUUAACUUCAUGAAAUACAUGGCUCCAAAUUUGUGUCCUGAACUAACUGAACUAUGGAACACAGUCAUUCCAAAACUGGUGUGUUAUCUGGAAGAUAAUUCUGAAAAUGGGGAAGCAUGGGUUCAGAAGAACUGGGAAGAUUUGCUACUGAAGAUGUUAUCUAAGUCUCUUGAAAUUGUCAACAAUGAAGACUGGGUUGAAAGUCUUGGUGAAGCCUUCAGUCAGCAAAUAUCAUUGUACACUAACUUGCCAAAUGAGAAGAAUUUCCUCUACAAAUGUCUUGGUAUCAUUCUGAGGAAUUCAAGCAAAAAGGAAUUCAUUUCGAAGCAGUUUGAUAUCAUAUUCUCUACUGUGAAACAUUCCGUCAUGAAAGAAAGAGAAGGAUGUGCUGUGGCCAUGGGCUUUGCAGCUACAUCUCAUUUAGAUGCCGUCCUUCAGAGACUUCAAGGGGCCACCAAACAUGACAUGGUUCGAAAGUCAUCAGGAAUCCUUGGUUUUAUGAGGGACAAAAAUGACACUGAUAUUGAGAAAGUAAAGGCCACCUUGAUUCUUUGCUAUGGUUAUGUGACAAUGUUUGCCCCCAACACUCUUUUGAUAUCAAGGAUGGAAAUGACCAUUUUGAAGGCUAUCUACCCCUUUUUCACGAACCCAAAGGAUAUGUGUGUAAAACUUAGUUUGAUCAAAGCAACAGAGUUAAUUGGUAUAUCUUUAAGUGUGGAACGACUCAAGACAAAUUAUAAGUUCAUGCAAAGGACUGACAUUCUUGGACAUUUACAGCUCUACAUAAAAGGAGAGAGCAAAGAAUGUAUCAACAAUGACGUUCGAACUCUUGCACUGAAAGCUGCCACCACAUUAGUUCAACUGGACCCUAAACUAAAUGAAAAGGAAGUUGAAGAUCUCGUAGAGUCGGCGACCACCAAUGUUCUUUCUCUACCCCUUGAUGGCUGUGCGCCAAAGAAGGGCAAAGAAGAGACAUACGAGGAAGUUGUUGAAGCUGGGGAACAUCUUAAGGAUGCCAUCAACGCUUUAAACACUCUUUUGAAGGAGAUACUUCGCAAAGAUCUCACUCCAAAUGGACUUGAAAGUAUAUUUAAGCACCUCAAAAUAUGGUUAUCCUCUUCAAGUGACUUCCACAGAGAAAGAGUUUUGGAAACUUGGUUGUUGUUACUUCGAUUUUUCCGUGAAAAUGUGAAUCCAGUAAACACAUCUGACUUUUCUAACAUUGGGAUUUUCUUAGCUAAUUUGAUACCUCGUUGUUCUGACCCUGUCAUCAAAGUCCGUAAAUUAUCUCUGAAUUGCGUCCACACUAUCCUUGAGAGUGCAAUGAUUAUGGAAGGUGAAAAUCCACACAAUGAUGUGAUGUUAAAUGGAUUCCAGACUUUGAAUGAAAGGAUUGAGAAAUCUGACACCAACGUGCUGUUUGUAGUGGCAGUUGACAUCUCUAAAGUCGUGGCCAAAAAGCUUCCCAAAACACAACUGAUGUCCUUCUUGAGUGUUUUAGAAGAAGGUUUGGUAGACAGCAUGGCUCACAGUUCUUCCGGCUCCUGUGUCAUGUUAACCAGUUUAAUGAAACAACGAGGACGAGAGCUUCGAGAAGAUGUUAGCACUAUUAUAGAGACAUUACACCAACGCCUUGAAUAUAUUCAGCACUCACAAUCACGAACUGGGACCCUAAGAGCCCUACGAACUGUCAUUUCACAACACCUUCCUGUAGCCCUGAAGUGUCUUUUAGCUUACCCAAUACCUUAUGACACCAACAUUUGUGCCAUCUGGUGUUGUUUGGCUGAAGAUCCACAGCUUGUAACAACUAUUGUUGACCAGCUGUUGGAAAAUCUCCUUGCCCAGCGACCCUACGAGGAGCGAACAGAUAAUAAAGAAUCAUCCCACUAUGCUUUGAUUGGUCCACUUUCUGUCAUGUGUGCAUUUGAGCAGAUGUUGACAGUGGCACAAACUGAAAGUGUUGUCAUUGACCAAUUCCACAGACUCUUCUCAGCCAUGAUAUUGAUUGUUGGAUCACUUGCCGGUGCGAAACCUCCAAGAUCCACACGUAAUGACAAUGAACCUCGGAAAACCUCUGCCCUUGGAAAUAUUUCAUUUAUUCAACCCAGCAGCCUCGUUGUGAAAGCUUUUGGAAUGUUAUUGGAGAGGGCAAACCUGAAAGACGUCACCAACUAUCUACAGGAACAUUCCUAUUGGACGAUGUUUGAAGACCCUGACAACUACCCUGAGGCCUUUACUGCACUUGCAAGAACUCUUUCACAAAACAACCCCAACUUUAUACCUCAGAUUGUUAUUACUCUACACCCUGCUUUACCUAGUUAUCAUGAGCCCCAGAGAAUAGUGACUGCUGCUUUCUAUGCUGAGCUCAUCAACCAGAAAUGUCCAGAGAAAACAGUUCUUAUUGAAUCAAUUAUCAAUGGUUUAUUGAGUCGGAUGGUGGACAGCUCCCAUAUAGUUCGAAUGUAUUGUAUACGAGGCCUCGGUAAUAUUGCCAGCAUGGGUAAAGACUUAGUAAGUAGAAAUAAUAGUGUUGUCUCUAAUUACGAAGUGCCUUGUGUGCGUGCUGAAGCAAUCCUACUGUUUGGCAAUUUGUCCAGAUUUGGAGGAGGACAAUCAAAAGCAGCCAUACUGGAACAAAUUCAUUCAAAUUUUGUUAGUUUGUUGUUACAUUUAAAUGAUGCUGAGGUGGAUGUACGCAAGGCUUGUAAAUUCACAUUGCGGUCAUUGGGAUCAUUAUUAGACUGCCCAAAGAUUGAUGAGAAGUUCCAAAAGCUUCUCUUAGAUGAUGCCAACUUGUAUUACGGAGAAUUCAUGAACGACAUUUCCAAACUAAUCAUUAAGGAAAUGCCAGACAAAAUUAACCAAUACUUGUUGUCUUGUAUGUCAUUCUACAACAGUAUUUGGGCAGAAAUUCGUGCCAAUUCCGCUAUGUUUUCAGGUUUUCUCCUUGGGAAUUUGACGAAGGAAAGCUACAGCACUUUGCCCCGGGAACAUAUAUGCACAGGUUUCAAUACUCGUGCAUUAAUUGACCUUCUAAAAGACCCAUCUCCACAAGUGAGAGGUAAAGCAGCCGAGGCGAUGAGCCUUCUUUAUAACUAUUAAUGGUAACUUUUUCUGAAAUAAACCAACUCUUGCUGCAGAAGAAGAAAAACAGGAAGAGGAAAAAGAAGAGGAAGAUGAAGGAAAAGGAGGAGGAAGAAGAAGGAGCAGAAACAAAUUGUUGUUGUCGUUAAAUUUUGUUUUUAUUGUUAUAAUUGUUGUUUUUGUUAUUGCUAUUAUUAUUGUUAUAUUUUCGAUUUUAUUUUUUAACCAAAUGAAAUGAGAUUGUAUAAUAAUUUUCAUUGUUAUUAUUAUUAUUAGCAAAAUUGUUAGUGUCAGAAAAAAAUGCCUUGCAUUAUUUGUUCCAGUUUUUUAAAGUUCUGAUUUCAAACCCCACUGAGGUCAACUUUGCCUUUCAUCCUUAUGGGGUUAAUAAUAUAAAGUACCAGUUAAAUACUGGGUUCGAUAUAGUCAUCUAAACUUCUCCACUUAAAAUUGCUGUCUUUGUGUCUAAAUUAGAAAUUAUUAUUAUUAUUAUUGUUUUCAAAUUUUGGCACAAUGUCAGCAGUUUUAGGAGAGGAUACUAGUUGAUUACAUCGACUCCCCUAUUAUCCAACUGGUACUUAUUUUAUCAACCCUGGAAGGAUGAGAGGCAAAGUUGACCUCAGCAGUAUUUAAAUUCAGGAUUAAAAAGUUCAAAUUCUGCCGAGGUCCCCUUUGCCUUUCAUCCUUUCUGGGUCGAUAAAAUAAGUAUCAGUUGAAUACUGGGGUCGAUUACAUCGACCCCCCCACCCCCUUCCUCCAAAAUGUCGGGCCUUGUACUUAUAAUGAAAAAAUUAUUAUUAUUAUUAUUAUUAUUAUUAUUAUUAUUAUUAUUAUUAUUAUUUGUUUUUUGUUUGUUUUUUAAAAUAAAACGAGAUUAUAAAAUUUUAUUGUUUUAAAUAUUGACAAAAUUGUUAAAGCAUCAGAGAAAAUGCCUUGCGGUAUUUGCUCUGGCUCAUAACAUAUUUGAGUUCAAAUCUCAAAGUGGUGAACUUUGCCUUUUAUCCUGAGAAUGAUAAAAUAAAGUGCUAGUCAAGUACUGGAGUUGAUGCAAUUGACUAAUCCCUCCCCAAAAUUUCUGGCCCUGUACCUAUGUUAGGAGCAGUUAUUGUCAUCAUGUUUUGAACUGUUUCCCACCAGCCUUCACUACACCCCUUAUGUGUCUUAGCAUUCCUGAAAUGGGUGUUGUUUGGUCUUUUAGGAAUGUAGAAUUGUGUUUAUAUCUAGAUCAAUUUCGCUUUGUCAUGGCAUUUAUUUUGUUGUUUCGGGAAUUAUUUUAAUGUUCCAUAUGUUGUCUAGAGUAUGUGUAAUCAUCAUCAUCAUCAUCAUCAUCUUCAUUGCUGUUUUAGCGGCCACUUUUCUAUAUUUGCAUGGAUCAGGCAGAAUUUGUUGAGGCAAACUUUCUACAGCUGGAUGUAAACACACCAACACUGGUUGUCAAUUAGUGGUGAGGGUCAAACAUAGACACAAAGAUACACAAACACACACACACACACACGUUGGACUUCUUUCAGUUUCCAUCUACCAAAUCCACUCACAAGGCUUUGGUCAGCCUGAAGCUAUAGUAGAGGAUACUUACUCAAGAUGCCACACAGUAGGACUGAACCCAGAACCAUGUGAUUGGGAAGCAAGUCUCUUCCCAUACAGCCACGCCUGCAUCUAUAUAUAUAUCCAACCACAAGGUUUUGUUUGGCCUGGAGCUACAGCAAAAGGUGCCUGUCUAAGGUGCAACACAGUAAGACUGAACCCAAGAUCAAUUGGUUAGGAAGUAAGCUUCUUAACCACAUGGUCAUGCCUGCUUGUAUUGUAAUGUGAACUGUUUUCCUGUUGGAUGAUGUUUGUGUUUAAUUCGUUCCUGAAAAACACUCAUAAAGCAAAAACUCGUAAGCCCGCGGUCUCGUAAAGUGAGGUAUUACUUUAUGCUGUGUAAUCAGUGUUAUAAGUUAUAUUGUUAGAUGAUAGUCAUGUUUUGUAUGUGUAAUAUGUAUUGUGUUAUAAUAAUGGAGAAACACUGUAAAAUGUGACAUUCAUGAGUAGUUAUAUCAGAUAUCAAUAGUAUAAGAGUUUGUGUUUCAUUAUCUUAUUGGCUGGUUACUGUAUAAUGUGUGUGUUGUAUCUUAGUGGUUGUGUACUAUGUGUGUUAUUUUAUUGGGUGGUUAUUAGAAAGGGUAUUUUUUUGAUGCAGAUCUUCUACUGUUUGUGUUGUGUCAUUGAAUUGAAAGUAUCUUACAUAGAAUGUUGACUGUAUCUAACAAGACUAUCUUUUGGACCAUGUGUAGCUUUGGUAAGCCCUGAUAUGGUUUAUGUAUUUUUGUGCAUAUUUCUUUUACAUUACACUAUGCUUGAAUUAUUAUUGCUACUAUUUUUACUUUCAUAACCCACAUUCUAUUUAUUUCAGUUUCAAGGACUUUAUAACUUGUCCUAUUCUUCACCUCUUUCCAGGCAAUGUUUUUUUGUGACAAGAGAUCAAGGUGUCUUUUAGAGUAGACAUGUUUGCUCCAGUCUUUGAUUAUUAUAUCUUGACAGUUUGCCUUGGUGUUUUCAGUCUGGACAGGCAUGUCCUAGAUGAUUGUAGUCAGGUCAGUGUCAUGUAAUGUAUUUGGACUAUGUUUGCAUGCUAAAGUGUUGGCAUAUUGUCCAGUGAACAUACCUGCCCACUCAAAUCAUUCAUGUGAAUAUAUUUGGACUUAGGAAGGACUGAGCAGCUGGGGAUGUGGCCAAUUGUUUUAUUACAUUGAUUGCAUAGUCAGCAUAUGACAUAAACAUCUUUCACUAUUUUUGUAGUUGUCUAUGGCUAGGCAUUGGUCCUGUGCAGCUAAAAUCAGGCCUUCUUUUCCUACUUUCAACCCAGAGUUUUUGUACUAUUGUUGGCUUUUGCUCUGGCUUACUUUCUCUGUUGAGCUAUGCAGGGUAUUGGCCAUGUAGUGGUUUCUCUCUAUUUUUUUUCUAACAUAUAUUUCAGGAUUCCAUUUUGAUUGUUUUUUUAAUAUUUUCUGUUAGUCUGGGAUUAGGUUUUUUUCUUUGUCUCAGUUUUUAAUAUUAGUUAGACUUUUGUUUUAUAAUAUUCUUUUUCAUUUGUAUUUUACUAAUUCCAUCUUCCAAGUAUUUGUGUGAGUGAUUCUGGCCUAAUACUCUAAUUUUGGUGUCGGUAUCUAAUUUUAUGUUCUUUGUUUUAGAUUAAUUACCUUUUCUUAUACUAGCUUUGACACUUUUCUUUAAUCCCAUACUCAAUUUUAUGACCUGGCUGAAGUUAUGAUCAAUUUUUCAUAAUUUUCUAACUGUAAUUUAUUCAUAGCCCAUAUAUUAAUGUUGGUUGUUGUUUUUUCUUUGUUUUUUUUUUUCAACAAAUUUGUUAAUGAAAUCAAAGCUAAGUAAAAGAGUCGAGGAGAUAAUUAAGUCUCCCUUAUGAAUAAAGGGCUGGUUUUAAAUAUCUUCUCUCUACUUUGUAGUGAUAUUUAUUGUUGUUUUCUAUUUUGACAUGGCAUAGCUGAUGUUGUCUAUUUAUGUAGUAUGUCUUCAGAACUCAAGAAUGUAAUAUACUCUCAACUACUUUCAAAUCAACCGAUGUUAUACUAAGGUUUGUUUUCCUCUUUUUGCAGUCUUCCAUAUCUCAGUUCUCUUUAUAGCCCAUGCAUUUCCUUCCAGCAUCCUUUCUGUUCCUCUGCUAAUAUUUUCUUAUUGUUCUCCAAGUGAGGAACCAGCCUAUUCUAUAGGAUGAAUAUAAAAUACAAGUGCGUGUGAGUUGUUGGAAGGCAAGUUGAAGAUGUAUAAUUUUGAGGAUUUCUGGUAUUUUUGCUUCGGGGAAUCAGUGUUGUUUUUCCCACUAGCUACCAAUCAGGUAUUGAUUCUUAUUUGCAUAUCAGUUCAUUAAAUGCUUCUACUAUUUACCAAUUGGUACUGCCAGAAAUUGGGGACCUUAUCAAUCCCAAGAGGGAUUUUCUAGUCACUUGCUAUUCUUAAAGUGUUGGUGAGUUCCUUACUACCUAUGAAAGACCAAGUUUGCAUUGCUCUUAUGUUUCUUGGUCUUUUUUAAUCUCUUCCUUUCUAUAUCCCCACCCUAUCUGUUUGCUUCAAUUUCCAUGAUGUUCAAUAUCCACUAGUAUUUCUUUCUUUAUUUUUUUUUAUUAAUGUCAAAUUUUUUGGUGUUUGAUUCAAAUGCCUUCACCUUUUCUUUAUCAUUUAUUAUUGUUAUUAUUAUUAUUAUUAUCAUUUAUUAUUGUUAUUAUUAUUAUUAUUAUUAUUAUUAUUAUUAUUAUUAUUAUUAUUAAGGCAACAGCCUAGCAGAAUUGUUACUGCAUCGGAUAAAAUGCUUAGUGGCAUUUCUACCAACCCUCAAGUUCUGAGUUCAAAUUCCAUCAUGGUUAACGUUUUCUUUCAUCCUUUCAGGCUUGAUAAAAUAAGUACCAGUUAGUGCUGGAGUCGAUGUAGCCAACUUUCCCGUCACCUCCAAAUUUUUGGCCUUGUGCCAGAAUUAGAAAUAAUAAAAAUUAUCAUUAUUAUUAUUAUUAUUAAUAUUAUUAUUGCAGUGAAGGAGCAAAAAUGGUAGAAUGCCAGACUAAGUAUCUUGCGAUAUUUAGUUAUGUUGUUGAUUUAUUUAUUUUCUUUGUCUUCAGUUCAAACCCCACCAAAAUUAACUUUACUUUUCAUUCCUCUUGGUGGGACCAACACAAUAAGUCCCGGUUAAGUACCUGGGUAGAUUUAAUACACUGCUCUUUCCUCCAAAAAUUUGUGACCUUAUGCCAAUUCUAGAAAUUAUCAUAAAUUCAUUAUUAUUAUUAUUAUUAUUAUUAUUAUUGUUAUUAUUAUUAUUAUUAUUAUUAUUAUUAUAUGGUUAUCCAUAUUAUUAUGUUUUAUGUCUAAUUCAGAGAAAUAUUAUUUUGUACAAAACCAAAAGGUAACUUUAGUAUUUCAAAUCAACAACAAAAAAAAAUAUAAAUAUAUAUAUAUAUAUAUACAUAAUUUUAAUUUAGAAUUAAUAAAUUAAUAAAACAA